GCGAUCGCGAGAAAAAAAAAUGCAACCUCCCAAAAUAAAGAGCAAAGAUUGCAUUAGGAGCGAACAGCGCUGCAGAAAUAGAUGGCAGCUUCGUGUCAGUGAGUUUGCAUCCCCCUUCCUGAUCCACGAGCUGGAGUGAUUAGAGCCCUGGAAGGCAAUUGUUACUCCCGUGGAGAAGUCCCCUUUUCCUGGCAGCCGUCUGCACUGUACACGCUGGAUGCCUCUCUCCAUCCACCCCACUCUUUUCUCUCUCACCUUCUCUCGCCCUCUCUCCUGCAUUGAUUUUUUUUUCCUUUUUAGUUGACUGAAACAAAACAAAACAAAAGGGCCACUGGAUGUCUGCCUUCUUGGGGGGUGAGCCAGACAGACUGACAAACAAACAGACCCAACUGAGUUCGGGGGAGGGUUUCUCCUCCCGUUUUGCCCGGCAGCAGCAGCAUGGACGUGUUGGCUAGUUAUAGUAUAUUCCAGGAGCUACAACUUGUCCACGACACCGGCUACUUCUCAGCUUUGCCAUCCCUGGAGGAGACCUGGCAGCAGACAUGCCUUGAAUUGGAACGCUACCUACAGACGGAGCCCAGGAGGAUCUCGGAGACCUUUGGCGAGGACUUGGACUGUUUCCUCCACGCUUCUCCUCCCCCGUGCAUUGAGGAGAGCUUCCGGCGCUUAGACCCCCUGCUGCUCCCUGUGGAAGCGGCCAUCUGCGAGAAGAGCUCGGCAGUGGACAUUUUGCUCUCUCGGGACAAGUUGCUAUCUGAGACCUGCCUCAGUCUCCAGCCAACCAGCUCUUCUCUAGACAGCUACACAGCCGUCAACCAGGCCCAGCUCAACGCAGUGACCUCAUUAACGCCCCCGUCAUCCCCUGAGCUCAGCCGCCAUCUGGUCAAAACCUCACAGACUCUCUCAGCCGUGGAUGGCACAGUGACGUUGAAACUGGUGGCCAAGAAGGCCGCACUCAGCUCAGUAAAGGUGGGAGGGGUGGCAACGGCAGCUGCAGCCGUGGCGGCAACCGGGACAGUUAAGAGCGGACAGAGCGACAGUGAACAAGGAGGGGUGGGGGCUGAGGCAUGCCCCGAAAACAAGAAGAGGGUUCACCGCUGUCAGUUUAACGGGUGCCGGAAAGUUUAUACAAAAAGCUCCCACUUAAAGGCCCACCAGAGGACUCACACAGGUGAGAAGCCUUAUAAGUGCUCGUGGGAAGGGUGUGAGUGGCGUUUUGCACGAAGCGAUGAGCUCACGAGGCACUACAGGAAACACACAGGUGCAAAGCCCUUUAAAUGCAACCACUGCGACAGGUGUUUUUCCAGGUCUGACCAUCUUGCCCUCCAUAUGAAGAGACAUAUCUAAAAAACCCUAAAGGCCAUAGUGGCCAUGACGCCGGCCGUUGUCUGAAGGAAACCCCAUGAGGCAGAGGGCUGGACUUCAGGCGGGGACCCAUUGCCUCGCAGAAGAAAGUUCUCCCUUCCAAACCUCUGUGUACACACACACAGACACACACACCCACAUGCGCUCUCACGCACAGACCCCCCACCACACACACUGUCGUGCACUCCGCUGUAUUUAAAAUAUAUACGUCUGUUCUUUAUGCCUUGCCCUAGCCAGAUGGUAGAAGACGAAGAAGAAGGAAGCCCGGUGAACUCAGCAAGGCAGACUGGCUGCUCACUUCAGCACUAUUGGAAUUAUUUCCCGCCAUUGCCAAUGGAAAUCAAAGAAAACGGAUGUGACGUUUCUGCAGGCGGACAGCCGUAAGAGGGGCUUAUUUAACUCGCUUCUCAGUGCAACUUGAUAGGAGAACACAGCGUCUUAAAGUUGCAUAUGUGUAGCACUAAUGUUCCUUUUUAAAUAGUUGGGGGAAAAUGACCUAGAAAACCAAAUUGCAGUUUGGUAGCCAAAAUUAACUCUUGGUUUAUUUGUCCUUUGUGUGUGAAAAAUCCUACUAUUCCGUGCGUCCAACUUCCUCAAAGAACUGUUGAUUGGUUUUGGUUCUUCUUAGUACCAUUGAGAUCUUUCGAGUCAAUACCAACGGCCUUAGCGGCGACAGACUCUGGAAUAACACCUUACACCUUUCUGGCCUGCAUUUCUCUAGACUUCACUCUUAAGGGAGGAAUUUUCUUUUUUUUUUACUUUUUGACUCUUGCACACCAUAUGCACUAGGGAUUCUGGAAACUUCUAGCAUGACUGCAAAGUGGCCAAGAGAAUAAAGUCCUUGAUGAUAAAUCACAGUCUCUCCCUUGAGCCUCACCUUAUUGCCAGUGCUAGAUUUUUUCUUUUUAAUCUCUCUGUUUUUGCUAAUGAAAACUUGAAAAGCUUAUUUGGAAGCUUAAACGUUUUAUCUUUUCUCCAUGGACUAAACCUCUCCAGGACUCCCUCAGCACGUGGAUGUCCAGCUCUCAAAGCAGCCAAUCAGAUGGGACAUCACAGUUCUGUCAUCCCCUGGAGGCAUCAUGACCUCAGCUCCUAGCGAUCAACCCUGUGCUGUGUGUCAUGGCCGCCCUGUACCCAGUUCCAGCCUACAUGUCGCUAGUCUCAAAGGGCAGCUGCAUAUUGAACCUAACUCUGGGUUAUGACCUGACAAAAAGCCAAAAAUAUCACUCUUUCCAGGAGUUGGGAAAAUGGAAGAUGCCUCCCAAGUCUAGUGGCUUCAAAAAAACAUCACCCUAUCUUCCUCUCAUCCCCACUGAGCUCAUGUUCCUCCACUCGCUAAAACACACGAUGCAACGAUGCCAUUGCGGGAAUGAAGGGUGGACGUUUCAGGAAAGGGUUGAGAUGUUUCUCUCACGGUCUGGCUAAAAGGAGAGGCAUAUUUCUAAUUUUUUUCUGGCUAGGCCCUCAUGACUUGUGACUUAGAGCACCCAGGAUCAACAGAGGCCUCACGUUUACUCUGCAAACUGUCUCCAAGGGGGUUACAUUCCUUGCUUUUCAUCCCACACACACACCCGAUGUCGGUCUCUAUCUACUCGCAUUCUUAGCUAGCUGGCAUUGGCCUCAACUCCAAAGACUGCCUUUAGGACCAUUAAAUGGCCUAUGCAAGCAAGCGGGGUGGUUAUUAGGACAGAUUGUAUAUUUUGUAUAUUCUGGGACCAUCCCUUCAAGACACGUCUCAAAAACAAAAAUGGCAUUUGGUCCGCACACGGUUGCUGCUCCUUCAUACCAGCUGGCUCCCCUCCUACCCUCCUUUGACUGUUUGACUCAUUGACUGUUAAAACGCUACCCCAUACCAAUCUGGGAUGCAAAACUGAAGUCUUUAGAAGGAAGUGAUAAUGUAAGAAACACAAAUACAUUUAUGACAGCAACCUUCAAGAUCCUUGGCAUUUGGUUCCUCAGCUUUCUGCAACCUUUGAUUUCACUGAAACGUUGAAACUACUCCUCUGAGGGUAAAGGAACUUCCUUGUCACAAAUGUCGUAGCUGCCAAUUGGACCCUGGGGGCAUUCUGAGGUCUGGCCCUUAAACUUUGCUUUCUCUUUUUCCUUUUUUCAAUGUAGACCAAAAACAAAAAAAAAUUACAAAAAAAGACCCACAACAAAACAACAAUAAAAAACCACCCUAAAACACACACACAAACACACGCACACACAAAAUCUGCCCAUUUGCCAGAGGCAAUUAUGUAUAUGUUAGUUGGAGGGUAUUUUAAAAAAUCAGUUUUAUUCCAAAGAUUUAAAAGUAGACAUGACUUAGAAACAAUUUCUGGAGCACUGCUUGCUGACAAUCUCGUAGUUUUCGACUGCAUUUGAGUGCAUUUUGUGGCCAGUCCAUCAGGGCGUACCACGGGAUUAUAUUUGAAUGUGUGGUGCAUCCUUUCGGGAUGAAGGAUGUGUGAGGAACCUUGAACCUCAACUGUAUUAAACUGUAGCGCCUCCAGUCAGUGCACUAGAUGAAACGUUAGACACCCCCGAUUUUCUUGGUUCGCUGGUUUCCCUUCUUGCAGCAGCCUCCGGCAGGAAUGCACGCACACUCCAGAGACGGCAUUGGCCGUGGCCACCAUGAUUUACAGAUGUUCUCUCCCCAGCUGGAGCUGCUCUUGCCUCUUGAAAUGCUAUUAUUAAGGGUUUAUAAUACUUAAUUUAAUUUUUGAACUGACCAAUGCAAGGCUCUAUUAAAAAGAAAGUUAAAAACA